AUCACACAGUUUACAAUAAAUAUCUGAGAUCACUCAAAAGCAAAUCCAUCAAAUCAAUAUCCUCACAUACAAUACCACCUUCUAAUCUCCUUCAACAUGUAUGCUCAACAACAACCGUAUUACGGUGGACAACCACCACAAGGUCAAUGGAAUAAUGCUCCACCUCAGCAACAACAGAACUGGAACAAUGGUCCUCCUCAGAAUGGACAAUGGCAACCUCCACAACAUAACUCGGGUCCUCCUCCUAAUCCUAAUGAUAGACCUUUACCACAUGGCUGGAUCAAAGAAUGGAAUGGUCAACAUAAUGCUUGGUAUUACGUUAAUACUUUAGCUCAACCACCCGUUUCACAAUGGACUUUUCCAGAACCACAAAACUUUGGUCCUCCUCCUGGACCACCACCACCUUCUAAUGAUCAAAGAGCUUUCAAUCAACCAAAUGGAUACGGAGCUCCAGCUGGUCAAAAUGGUUAUGGAGCACAACCUUUGAAUGGGUAUGGAGGUCCACCACCUUCUAAUGGGUACGGUCAACCUCCUCCUUCUCAACCUUAUGGUGGAGCUCCGCCUGCUGCUUCGGGUCCACCUCCGGUCACUAAGGGUAAUAAACCUAAAAGUGGAAUGUCUGGCUUAAUGGGAGCUGGUUUAGGUGCUGCUGGAGGUUUAGCUUUGGGGGCUUUUGCCAGUCAUGAAUGGAAAGAACAUGAAAAACAUGAAGAAAGGAAGGAAAGUGCAGCGUAUAUGGCCGGACUGAACCAAGGUGAACGUCAACAUGAAUAUCAAGGAGGUUCUAAUAAUUACGGUGGUGGAAAUUAUGGUGGAGGUGGAGGUGGAAUGUUGGAAUAUGGAAAUGGUGGUGGGGGUGGGGGUAUGAAUGGUGGUUAUGAUGAUAAUGAAGAAAGACAUUCGGUUACUACUGUUCAUCGAGAAGUUCAUGAAGCAGAUGGAAGUUGGUAUGAAGAAGAUACUACUACUACUGCUGAUGAGGAAUGGUAGGCGGUUUAUUCGAUUGUUCUGUUGUUUUGUUUGAUUCUUUUUUUUGAAAUUUUAGCAUGUAUCAUUUCUAUAUUCAUCCAUUUACGAAUCUGUCAUAUCUCCUCAAUCCUAGACUUUCUGAGGUAUACUUGAUAGGAUGAAAAUUCAAGCUUCACCAUGUUGAGUUGCC